CAGGGUUGCGGCGGGCGGAACGGUGUCUCCUUCACUUCGCCCUCCAGCCGCGGCAGCUGCAGCCGGACCUUGAGCGAGCCGAGCGGCCUCAGCUGCGAGCCGAGCGGCGGCAGCGGCGCCCUCAGGAGACCACCAGAUCACCUCUUCCCGCGGCCUCGCCAUGGCGACCUACGUACAGCCCUGCGUGCGGCCAAUGUGUAUCCCUCCAUCAUAUGCUGACCUUGGCAAAGCUGCCAGAGAUAUUUUCAACAAAGGAUUUGGCUUUGGAUUGGUGAAACUGGAUGUGAAAACAAAGUCAUGCAGUGGUGUGGAAUUCUCAACAUCUGGUUCAUCUAAUACAGACACUGGUAAAGUUACCGGGACUUUGGAGACCAAAUAUAAAUGGUGUGAAUAUGGUCUGACUUUCACAGAAAAAUGGAACACUGAUAACACUUUGGGAACAGAAAUCGCCAUUGAAGACCAGAUUUGUCAAGGUUUGAAACUGACAUUUGAUACUACCUUCUCACCAAAUACUGGAAAGAAAAGUGGUAAAAUCAAGUCUUCUUACAAGAGGGAAUGUAUAAAUCUUGGUUGUGAUGUUGACUUUGAUUUUGCCGGACCUGCAAUCCAUGGUUCAGCUGUCUUUGGUUAUGAAGGCUGGCUUGCUGGGUACCAGAUGACCUUUGACAGCGCCAAAUCAAAGCUGACAAGGAAUAAUUUUGCAGUGGGCUACAGGACUGGGGAUUUCCAGCUACACACUAAUGUCAACGAUGGGACAGAAUUUGGAGGAUCAAUUUAUCAGAAAGUUUGUGAAGAUCUUGAUACUUCAGUAAACCUUGCUUGGACAUCAGGUACCAACUGCACUCGUUUUGGCAUUGCAGCUAAAUAUCAGUUGGAUCCCACUGCUUCCAUUUCUGCAAAGGUAAACAACUCUAGUUUAAUUGGAGUGGGCUAUACUCAGACUCUGAGGCCUGGUGUGAAGCUUACACUGUCUGCUCUGGUAGAUGGGAAGAGCAUUAAUGCUGGAGGCCAUAAACUUGGGCUUGCCCUGGAAUUGGAGGCUUAAUCCAGCUGAAAGAAACCUCUGGAAAUGAAUAUCAGAAGAUUUGGCCUUAAAUUUCCAUUGUGACCAGCAGGCUUUUUUCUUCCCCCAAGAAGGUGAUCAAAACAAAGGAUAAUCUAAACAAGAGCUGUAUUUUAAAUAUUAGACAGUUACUUGUUAGCUGGUUUCUAGUUCAAUUGGUUAUCUAGUUACCAAUGCUGCAGUCGUGCAGUCAUCUAUACAUUAUUUAAAUGUAUUUAACUGUUAAAUGCGCUACCCACCAAUAAUGAAAUAGACCUUUAUGAAAACUG